AUGUCCCAAGCCGUAGGGGAACAAAUUUCCCCCAAAACGCAACCUCCACAGCUAGUUCCAUCGCAAAUUGCCCAGACUCCACGGUUCGAUCCAGAGUUGCAUAAAAGUCCGGUAAAGGAGGGACUAGCUAGCGAUGACGAGGAUUCAUUCGUGCAAUCCAUUAUUUCACGUUCAGCUUUCAAAUCAAAUAACAAUGGCAAAUGGGCAGAUCAGGCCGCACGAUCCAUGCCAUAUACGUCUCAUUGCCAGGCCAGAGAUUUCCAGGAAUUCGAGGACCCCUUGGAGGCUAUAGAUGCCCUUGAAGAUGCUCUUGAACAGAUUGGACAAUCCCUGCCGGUCAUGGAGGAGAACGGGCUUGACUCUCCUGUGAGAGCAAGUACUCCAACUGACGGAAACCAUGUCUCGCGAAGCAAUGGAACAAACAUAGCUUCCAAGAAGCAUAAUUCUACCCUCCAGAGCCAACAUAUCGAAAAUGGGUCGAGGUCACGACUUACAGGAGCAAAGCAAUCUCAACCGCUGUCCAUGAGACCUAAGCUAUCGUCCGUCACUACGUCACAUUCAACGAAGAACUCGGAUCGGGUUGCAAGUAAAUCCGGCCCUUCAGGAUCUCGCCGUAUCAGUAUAUCCAGAAAAAGCAGCCAUUCUAACCUACCUUCGAAUACCACGUCAACACUGACGUCCCGGGCAAAUAAGACCCGGGCAAAUUCCACCGCCAUUGCUAGCAUAUCAAAACCUGGAUUUACACCAUCUAAAUCUACCAAGCCGCCCACACGCCCAACAUUUGAAUUGCCAGGAGAAGCCAUAUCCAGGCGCCAGAAAGCGCAGCGGGAAGAGCGAUUGAAGCAGGAAGAACAAGAACUACAGCGACGGCGAGAGUUUAAGGCGAGGACGCCCCGAAACUACUCUUCGCCAUCCUUUCCGGUGAAGGAAACGAUUGCAAGCCGGAGUCGCACGACACUUAAAGCAGAGGAAGCGUUAAACAUAAUAAACGCCCACCCUGAUAACUCUAAAAGGCAUACAUCAUUGAACUCGACAAGGGCUAGCAGGCCUGAGUCUACCCGAACCAGCUCUUUAGGUACUGCUAUGACAAGGAGUGCCGCGUCCAGUCAUACGCAGCCAGGCACGAAUGCUACAGGGAAAUCAGUGACGACGUCCGCAAGUACUCCAGCACGACCUGCGAAUCAGGACAUUGCAAAUGGGGUUUCAAGCCCGCCCAACAAAUCCCCCGGAAAGGAUCGCGAUAAGCAGCGAAGUGAGAUGUCACCAGUUUCGUCUUCCAGAUCCCCAAUCACCCCUGCGACAUCCUGCCCGAGGGCGGCUGAUGCCACACCCCUCGUGCAAAGAUCGCGCGGGAAGGAGAUUUUUGCGCGCGACCGGAUUCAUGAAAUUGAACGAGACCGCGAAAGGCGGGAGAAGGAGGAGGCGGCGAGAAGAGCACGGACUGAAGCGGCGGAGCGCGGCAGGAUAGCUAGCCGCGAAUGGGCGGAGAGGCAAAAACUGAAGUUGAAAUUGGCCAGGAAGAGUCAGAGCGAUUUGCCACGAGGCGAGAUGGGUGGAUAGAAUGAUGGGGCCGAUGAAAUUGAGACUUGCGAGGUUUCUUAACGAGUUGGCGCUGUAUAUCCGCCGUCCACUGUGCCAGCUGGGAGUUAAGGUUGAUUGCUUGUAUAUUUUUUAAUCACAAUUU